UCAUUUUCCAGCGUCACAAUGGAAGAGUCCAAGAUGGCGGAGACGGAGUCAGCCAGGAGUCCGCUCGGCGCGCUGCUCAGCGGUGUCGCGCAGCAAAUAUUUUACCGAAACAGCGACGUGACGGAGGAGCAUUUGAAAAGUCAACUUUACCCCGAGGCCACUCCGGAACACUUCAAGGCUUUAUACGACAAAAUGAAGGCGCUCCUUAAGUCGAUGGCCACGGCCGACAUGGACCACGCCCAGCUGGAGGCCUUUCUCACCGCCCACACCUGCAAGCAGGGGUCGGGCGGCGUCACCCCCGAGCAGGCUGCCGCCCUGGCCCGCUUUUGGAAGAGCCAGCGCGGGCGCGUCCGUGAAAGCCUCCUGGCGCACAGCCGCUGGGAACCCGCCCUUCGGGGCCUGUCCUGGAGGCUGGACCUCCAAACGGCAGAUAGACGCGGAGGGCCGCCACUUGGCGGGCCACUCGCCCUGCUGGAGCUGGAGCUAGGCAACGGCGAGCAGGAGUCGAACUUUGUGUGCGUGGAGAUGGACGAGCACAACGUACAACACGUGCUGAACAAGAUGGCCGCCAUCCAAACGGCCAUUGACGCCGCCGUUCAGCGCGCUUGAAGCUCGUGUUGUGCUGAAAAGGAAGUCUGAGGCGCGGAGUCUCAUUCGUGACCAGCGGGCUAACUUUCCUGUGGUUCACGUUUUGAUGACGUGUUUGUUUUCCAAGCCUGGAUCCAAAAUGACUCACAGACUGUAUUUUUUUGUUAGCCUCCCUCAGAAUGAAAAUAUUUUGCCCCCCCC